CUUGUGGGCCUGCCCUCGCGCUGGGGUCGCGGUGCGGAUCUCAGAAGGGUCGGUUUGGAGGGCGGGUUGUGCUCGCUGAGGCGUUACCUCGAGGACAAUGGCGGAGGGAGAUAAUCGCAGCACCAACCACCUGGCCGCAGAGACUGCAAAUCUGGAAGAGCAGCUGCAAGGAUGGGGAGAAGUCAUGCUGGUGGCCGAUAAAGUCCUCCGAUGGGAAAGAGCCUGGUUUCCACCUGCCAUCAUGGGCGUGGUUUCUUUGGUGUUUUUGACUAUCUACUAUCUCGAUCCGUCUGUUCUGUCCGGUGUUUCCAGUUUUGUUAUGUUUCUGUGCUUGGCUGACUACCUUGUUCCCAUUCUAGCGCCUAGAAUUUUUGGCUCCAAUAAAUGGACCACUGAGCAGCAGCAAAGAUUCCAUGAAAUUUGCAGCAAUCUAGUAAAAACUCGCCGCAGAGCUGUGGGCUGGUGGAAACGCCUCUUCACACUGAAGGAAGAAAAGCCGAAAAUGUACUUCAUGACCAUGAUCUUUGCUCUUGCUGCUGUUGCUUGGGUGGGACAGCAAGUCCACAACCUCCUCCUCACCUACCUGAUUGUGACUUGCUUACUGUUGCUUCCUGGACUAAACCAACAUGGAAUCAUUUCGAAGUACAUUGGAAUGGCCAAAAGGGAGAUAAACAAGCUUCUCAAACAAAAAGAAAAGAAAACUGAAUAAGACAUCUGUUUUAUUCCCUGUGAUUUAAGUAUGCCUUGCCCUUGGGAACCGUUUCUGUUAGGCUUUCUGGAUACUCAGAUGUUACAGAAGUUAGUUAGUAACUCUUUGCCCCCCCUCCUGCCGCCCUUAGUUACUAGAAAUUCAGACUUGCCAGGUAAGGCUUUAUGUGUAGUGUGUCUUCUUGUCAAGUGUAGCUGGCUGUAGUCUCAUCAGUUGGCCUGAUAGCGACAACUCAUUUGUGAAUAUGACUUGUUUUGAUUUGUCUCCCUUGGGGUUAACUGAAUUCUUCCUUUUGGGCUCCUUUCUUUAAAAUAAUAUAGUGGUGAACUUCACUGUAGUACAGUUAACGGUGACUUUGGAUAAUUGAGUUGAUCUUUGCUUUAGCUGGAUGUACAAGGUGGAGUAGCCUGUGGCUGCAGGAAGACGGCUCUGUCUGCUUCCACAGUCUGCUUAGAAAACGGUCUGGCUUCGUGAAACUAGAGACCCAGUUUACCACUACCGAUGAAGAGACCAAUUAAAAUCCAUUCCUCAUUCUGUUUCUAUACCAUGGGAGAAUCCUCAUGGAAUAAACUGAAACUGAUUCCAUGCCUGUGUUGGUUUGUCCCAUGUGCAGAGCUUAGCCAUUAGUAGGAAACAUUGCUUGUUCUCCGGCAUGGGGACUUGGACCGGCUUAGAGCGUGUGUCCCCUUGUACUUGGACUUAAGGGAGUAGGUCCUUAAGGCUUCGUAAUAGCAUGCUUCCAGAAGCUUGGAGUUAGGUUUUUUAGCUUACUUUUAAUUUCAGGUUUUCAGCUGACUGAAACUAAAGUACAUAAGAGGUUAAGACUCCUGUCUGACCUUCACUCCAAGACCAGCCAAAUAAAGGACAAAGUCUUCCUGUAUUUAGUCCAGAUUCACUAGAAAAUAAUCCUAUCCUACUAAUUAUUCAAGACCAGAACAAGCCUUUAAAGGUAAGCCUCAGGAUUCUCAUUUUACGGUCUCGUUGGCUGCUUUUGUCCCCAUAGGUUUGGCUGAGGAGCAGGUGACUACGCUGGCGUCUGACUUCCCCUAGAUAUUUUCCGGAAGAGUACAAGGGCUGUGGGUGAGAGCAGACGUGUGGAGAUGCUAGAUGGUCUUAGGUCAACAGAGAUUUUGUAAUUCCUUGGAAAGUGUCUUAGAAUCAUUGUCCCUCUUAAUAGUUAGAAAUUUAGAGUAGUUGAAAUCUGUAAGAAUGAACCUCUGAGGGCCAAAAAUGUGACAUAUUUGGGAACAACUCUUAAACUCUGAUUAUAACUAGCUGUAAUAUAGUUCUGUGAAUUUAUUGCACUGAUGCCGUAAAACCUAGACCUUGUGGUAUAUUUGUCUCUUAAGUACUUUUCCUUCCCUUCACUAUUGCUGUAAACAGUGGCCCCCAUGUGGCAGAUGUUUGAUUUUUUUUAAUGUUUCAUAUGAAAACCACAAACUACCUUAAUUUACAUGUGUUUCCUUAUUGUAAAUAAGCCUGUCUGAUCUGGAUUUUUGUGUGUACACAUGUUCUACCAAUUUAACUACUUUUAUGGUUUUAAUCCUGUAUUUCUUCUACUUUGUUUUGUGAAAAGGGGAAAAAAAUUAAAAGCUGGAAUCCCU